CGGCAGUCGGAGGGAGAUGGCGACCCGGGCGGAGAGGGAGCGGGCCCAGCGGCUCAAUGAGCGGCACCAGGCGGCGCUCGGCGACCUGCUGCAGGACAACAGGGAGUGUGCCGACUGCGGGAGCCGAGGACCAAGAUGGGCAUCAUGGAACCUGGGAGUGUUCCUUUGCAUUCGCUGUGCUGGUAUUCACAGAAACCUUGGAGUCCACAUCUCCAAGGUGAAAUCGGUAACUCUGGAUCAGUGGACACCAGAACAGAUCCAGAGCAUCCAGGAAAUGGGAAACUCUAAAGCCAGAGUACUGUAUGAAGCUUACCUUCCUGAUGACUUCAAGCGACCACAAUCAGACCAAUCUGUGGAGACCUUCAUAAGAGACAAAUAUGAAAAAAAGAAGUAUUUUAAUAAAGGUAUUGAUGUCGCUGCUUUCAGGAAAGAAAAUAACAAAUGGAAGAAAGAGACUGAGCAAAAGGAAAGCAAACCUGCACCAGUUAUUUUUGAAAAAGUUAAAGUGGCACCAAAGAAAGAUGAACAGCAGCAGUUGAAAACAAGUCCUUCAGUACCUCCAGGACCUACGAUUGACCUUCUGGGCUUGGAUGCUCCUGCAGCAGCUCCUACCACCAGUGGGACCACUAGUCUAACCACGGCAAUGGCUAAUGACCUGGAUCUCUUUGGACCCAUGAUAUCCAAUCCACUGCCUGAACCCAGCACAUUCCAAAGCACGUCUUUGGCCUCUGCUCCCCAAGAAGGAGCUGAAAACUUGAACCUCUUCGCUGACCCCUCCCUGAAGCAGGAGGACUCUGGGAAGAAACAGCUCUCGAAGGACUCCAUUCUGUCACUUUAUGGGUCACAGCCCUCCCACGUACCAGCUCAAGGUGCGAUGUUCAUGCCCCCUGCACAAGCACCCUACGCUCCCUGUCUGGCACCUGGCUUUGCAAAUUUUUCACCUGUGGUCAGUGCAGCCACUCCGGCCGGUGCCGUGAUGGGUAACGUGGGGCAGUCGCUGGGCAUGGUGGCUCCAGUAGCGUUGCCACCAGGAUUUGUGGGCAGCGUGCAGGCCGGAGUGAUGGGUGUGCCCAACGGGAUGAUGGCACAGCCGGGUGCCCACAUGGGCGGAAUGGCCAUGCCUCAGCCGGUAUAUGGAAUUCAACAGACACAGCAGCUGCAGUGGAACAUUGCACAGAUGACUCAGCACAUGGCAGGGAUGAACUUCUACAGUGCCAAUGGUAUGGUGAGUUAUGGACAGUCACCGGUUUCCAUGGGAGCGGGAACUGCUCCAGCGACAGGUCAAUCCCUCGGCACCCAGAUUUGGAAAUAGGAAGAAAGAAACAACAAUCUCUCCAUGUUUCAGAACUACGCAGAAGACAUUUUGGCUUCUUCUCUCCUCCAGCCAGUUUGCUCUGUGCGAUCUCAAAUCCAUUUUGCCUAUAGAUCUUACGUGGACUUGGCAAGAAUUUCACCAUCAAAAUAGCAGUCAUCAUUACCAAAGUCAAUUUUUUAAACUGUAUAUUUUUCUCCCAAAGAAUGUUUUGGGAAUCUAAUUCCCUCAAAGGCAGAGUGCAAGAAGGAAAUAGUGAUCCUGAAGUCUGUGAUGUUGAGAAGUGUUCCUGGCACAGCUUUCACCACUCAUUUCCAAAUUCUGCUUGUCAUUCAGGUGGGUGACCCACCAUCAGUAGCCACAGGAUGCCUUGUUCAUGGUACUAGGUUAAAAUUAUGAAGUUUGGAUCUUGAACAAAUGAUCAGGGGAGAGUUCAGAUUUGGAGGGGAAAGGAUACAGUGAUGGCUGAGUUUAUUAAUCAGUCAAUGAGCCUCAUUUUACAGUUGGACAAUAUGUGAACUGUAGCACAAACGUGCCUCUAUAUAACAAGACCUUUACUGAUGCCUAGUCAAAAACCGCUGGUUAUAGCUUUAUCAUUAGGUUAAUUGUUUUGAUAUUAACUAUUGAAUAGAUAUUGUUUACUGCGGUUAAGGUAGUGCUUCUGUACCUUCCUAAAAAUACUUGCUGUUCAUCAGCUGAUUAGUGCCAGCACUACACUUAAACCUUGGCAGCUGGCUUGGAAUUUAGUUACAGAUCAGUAAUUCAUAGUUAGAGAUAUAAGCAGGAUAGACAACUCGUGUACCAUGCUUUCUACCACACUGCAUAAGCCAGGUGGGCUGAGAUUGUCCUUUAUCUCUCUUAGGUGGGAUGCCUCACCUCCAAUCUUACCGGUGUUCUGGGAGCAAGCUACACAUUGCGCAGUUAAUGUCAUUUCAGCACAAAAAUCUACUUUUUCAAACAAAGUUCCAAACAAGGUUAAAAUGGGGCUUGGUGCACUUGAGUGAGUUACCACAAGGAUUAAAGAAAAGAAAACAGAGUAGCUUAACGUAAUUGGCCAAACCAUAUUUUGUAAUUGAACCAAAAGAUCCAGCCAUUAAUAUGGUUCGGCUCUAUCUUCUGGCUCUAUCACUGCUCAUUGGUGGAGGGAGAACGUUCAGACAUAACAGCCUUGCCUCUGUUUCCACUGGCUGAGGACAUACAGGAUUUGGGCAGUCUUCUCCGUGCACAUUGUGAAACUUGGUUUCUCCUCACCCAUUUACUCAUCUCUCAUCUGUGUCGGAUGCAGGAUCUGCUUGUGUUGCUUUUCUCAGCAAUCAGUAAUUUUUUUAUUGAUUUCUCCUCUGGCUUAUCUAUGAGCAAAGGAACCACAGUUUAAUGACUCUGAGCGUCUGAUUGUACAAGCCCAAUAGGUUGUUUAGGGAGUAUGCAACACGGGGCUUUCUAACAAGCUGUGAAACAAUUAAGAGCAACGUAUUAGGAGAUAGCUAGAAUGCUGUGUGGGGAAUAAAGUGCUACACAUCUGGUAAAGAUGUCCAGUCACCAGUGGAGAUUGCCCUUUUAUUUCUACCUCAGACGAGAAUGCAUUCCAGGGUAUUAAGCAUCUUUUCUUGGGAAUGGGGAGGGAACUCUUUGCACUUACCAACUACUUUGCUGCUUUAACUUGCUUUCCAAGGGGGAUUGUGGCAGGGAUGGGGGUGUGGGGAUAUUGAAAGGAUAAAAGAUUACGAUCGAUUUUUCCCCAUUGCACGUGAGAUUUUCCACACACUGGGAACCUGGUUCGAUAUGGCAAAUAGUCGCACCUACAAUUUUAGAAUUAUUUCUUGAUGGAGUUCUCGCUCCAGUAGGUAAUUCUAAAUAAACAUCAAAAAAACAUGUAUUGUGACUGAAAAUGUCAGGUAAGUGUGGUUGGGGUUUUAAAUAGGUCACAUCAUUUUUACUUAAAAAUUUGGCUGGGUUAAGUGGAUGAGUUUUCAAUAUAUUGUUAAUGGAAACAGUCACCCAUCCAGGGAACUUGUAGGGGCCUGGCACAAUAGGACUGUUUACAUGGUGUCUGACCACUUGGUCCUUCAGAAUGUCGAAUGAUUUGAUCUGUAAGAGCCGAUGCAUUGGCUCACCUGGUGCAGGCCCUAAUAUUUAGUUACCUGGAGCUGCAGACCUGGCAUUGAUGUAAGAUUUUCACAAAAUCUGGCAGGAUUUUGGGGAAUGUUUCCUCUUCCCAAUCUGAACUGAUACUUGCAAAAC